CUUCGGCCGGCUCGGCUCAGCGGCGCUGCCUGGGGUCCUUUCCGCCCAGUCCCGCCUGCCAGCCCCCGCUGUGCUGUGCCCUGUCCGGCCUGGCCUGGAGCCGACACCACCGCCAUCAUGCCGGCCGUGUCCAAGGGCGAUGGGAUGCGGGGGCUCGCGGUGUUCAUCUCCGACAUCCGGAACUGUAAGAGCAAGGAGGCAGAGAUCAAGAGGAUAAACAAGGAACUUGCCAAUAUUCGCUCCAAGUUCAAAGGGGAUAAGGCCUUGGAUGGCUAUAGCAAGAAAAAGUAUGUGUGCAAACUGCUCUUCAUCUUCCUGCUGGGCCACGACAUUGACUUUGGCCACAUGGAGGCUGUGAACCUGCUUAGCUCCAAUAAGUACACGGAGAAGCAGAUAGGUUACCUGUUCAUCUCUGUGCUGGUGAACUCGAACUCGGAGUUGAUCCGGCUCAUCAAUAACGCCAUCAAGAAUGACCUGGCCAGCCGCAACCCCUUCAUGUGCCUGGCCCUGCACUGCAUUGCCAACGUGGGCAGCCGUGAGAUGGGCGAGGCUUUUGCUGCUGACAUCCCCCGCAUCCUAGUGGCUGGGGAUAGCAUGGACAGUGUGAAACAGAGUGCAGCCCUGUGCCUGCUGCGGCUCUACAAGGCUUCGCCUGACCUGGUGCCCAUGGGCGAGUGGACGGCGCGUGUGGUGCACCUGCUCAAUGACCAGCACAUGGGAGUGGUCACAGCUGCUGUCAGCCUCAUCACCUGUCUGUGCAAAAAGAAUCCUGAUGACUUCAAGACCUGCAUCUCUCUGGCCGUGUCUCGCCUGAGCCGGAUCGUCUCCUCAGCCUCCACUGACCUUCAGGACUACACUUACUACUUUGUGCCCGCGCCCUGGCUCUCUGUGAAGCUCCUGCGGCUGCUACAGUGCUACCCCCCGCCAGAGGAUGCGGCCGUGAAGGGGCGGCUGGUGGAGUGUCUGGAGACUGUGCUCAACAAGGCCCAGGAACCACCCAAGUCCAAGAAGGUGCAGCACUCCAAUGCGAAGAACGCCAUCCUCUUUGAGACCAUCAGCCUCAUCAUCCACUAUGACAGUGAACCUAACCUCCUGGUGCGGGCCUGUAACCAGCUGGGCCAGUUCCUGCAGCACCGGGAGACCAACCUGCGCUACCUGGCGCUGGAGAGCAUGUGCACGCUGGCCAGCUCUGAGUUCUCCCACGAGGCUGUCAAGACCCACAUCGACACAGUUAUCAACGCUCUCAAGACGGAGCGGGAUGUCAGCGUGCGGCAGCGUGCAGCUGACCUCCUCUAUGCCAUGUGUGACCGGAGCAAUGCCAAACAGAUUGUGUCAGAGAUGCUGCGGUACCUGGAAACAGCUGACUAUGCCAUCCGUGAGGAGAUCGUGCUGAAGGUGGCCAUCCUGGCUGAGAAGUAUGCUGUGGACUACAGCUGGUACGUGGACACUAUCCUCAACCUCAUCCGCAUCGCGGGUGACUACGUGAGUGAGGAGGUGUGGUACCGUGUGCUACAGAUCGUCACCAACCGCGAUGAUGUCCAGGGCUACGCUGCCAAGACCGUGUUUGAGGCCCUCCAGGCCCCAGCCUGUCAUGAGAACAUGGUCAAGGUCGGAGGCUACAUCCUUGGGGAGUUUGGCAACUUGAUUGCUGGUGACCCCCGCUCCAGCCCGCCGGUGCAGUUCUCUCUGCUACACUCCAAGUUCCACCUGUGCAGCGUGGCCACACGGGCCCUGCUGCUGUCCACCUACAUCAAGUUCAUCAACCUCUUCCCGGAGACCAAGGCUACCAUCCAGGGUGUGCUUCGGGCUGGCUCCCAGCUGCGCAAUGCGGAUGUGGAGCUGCAACAGCGCGCUGUCGAGUACCUCACCCUCAGCUCCGUGGCCAGCACGGAUGUCCUGGCCACUGUGCUGGAGGAAAUGCCGCCCUUCCCUGAGCGCGAAUCCUCCAUUCUAGCCAAGCUGAAACGCAAGAAGGGGCCAGGGGCUGGCAGCGCCCUGGAUGAUGGCCGGAGGGACCCCAGCAGCAAUGACAUCAACGGUGGUGUGGAGCCCACCCCCAGCACUGUGUCCACGCCUUCGCCCUCUGCCGACCUCCUGGGGCUGCGGGCAGCCCCUCCCCCAGCAGCACCCCCGGCCCCUGCGAGUGCGGGGAACCUCCUGGUGGACGUCUUCUCUGAUGGCCCAGCUGCCCAGCCCAGCUUGGGGCCCACCCCCGAGGAGGCCUUCCUCAGUGAGCUGGAGCCGCCUGCCCCUGAGAGCCCCAUGGCUUUGCUGGCUGACCCAGCUCCAGCUGCUGACCCAGGUCCUGAGGACAUUGGCCCUCCCAUCCCGGAAGCCGAAGAACUACUCAAUAAGUUCGUGUGCAAGAACAAUGGGGUCCUGUUUGAGCCAGGGACCCGGUUCCAGACUCCUACUUACCAUGUGCUGAAAAAACAGACAAGUACUUGUGAUGGAUUAUUUCACUCCUGUCCCUUUACAGAUGAGGCUAAGAGAGGUUUUGUAGCUUGUCUCAUCACCCAUGUUGUAAGAAAUGGGAGUCAGAUUCCAGGGCCGAUACUGCAGGGCCGGGACCCAGUGGUAGGCAGGACGCACCUGGGUAUGUCAGAGGCUUUGUACAGGAGGGACUUGGGAACUGGCUCUUAUGAGCCUGGGAUUGAUUGCCUGGCAAAGGCCUGGGCUGGGGCUGCCAGGACAUCAAGGGUUCAUGGCCAAGAUGCCCCUGGGCGCCCACCUCUCUCUCUGGCUUCCUUGACAAGGCGGGCACAACUAGCUGUGCAGACCAAGCGUGUGGCCGCGCAGGUGGAUGGUGGGGCGCAGGUGCAGCAGGUGCUCAACAUUGAGUGCCUGCGGGACUUCCUGAUGCCCCCACUGCUGUCCGUGCGUUUCCGGUACGGUGGUGCCCCACAGUCCCUCACCCUGAAGCUCCCGGUGACCAUCAACAAGUUCUUCCAGCCCACGGAGAUGGCAGCCCAGGACUUCUUCCAGCGUUGGAAGCAGCUGAGCCUUCCUCUGCAGGAGGCACAGAAAAUCUUCAAAGCUAAUCACCCCAUGGAUGCCGAAGUUACUAAAGCAAAGCUUCUGGGGUUUGGCUCAGCCCUCCUGGACAAUGUGGAUCCCAACCCUGAGAACUUCGUGGGGGCUGGAAUCAUCCAGACUAAAGCCCUGCAGGUAGGCUGUCUGCUUCGGCUGGAGCCCAACGCACAGGCACAGAUGUACCGGCUGACCCUGAGAACUAGCAAGGAACCCAUCUCCCGCCACCUGUGUGAGCUGCUGGCCCAGCAGUUUGAGCCCUGGACCUGCUCCAGAGAUGUGGCCGGCACCAGACAGCCCCAAGGACUGAGGCAACUUUGGGAGACAGGGCAGCGAAGAGACAUCCACUGGUGACAGGGAAGACCCCAGGGGUGGGGGGAUGCCUGGGACCUUCCUCCGGCCUUUUGUAUUUUUAUUUUUGUUCAUCUGCUGCUGUUUACAUUCUGGGGGGUCAGGGGGAGCCCCCUCCCUCCCUUUCCCCCCCAAGCACAGAGGGGAGAGGGGCCAGGGAAGUGGGUGCCCCCUCCUCUCCCACCCCCACCCUGUC